AAUUGUUUUUUAGCAAAAAGAAUUAUAGAAGAGAGAAUGCGAGAAAAUUUUGGGUUUGUUGCAACCGUCCGAUUCCUGUAAAGCUUCGAUCUGUACUUUGGUCGCCACUUUCAGGUCAUGAAUGCUAUAGAUCCGACUGUCUGAAACAGAAUUCGUCGCAUUGUAAUUGGCAUUUGAGCUCUGUUUUAUCUUCGAACUUGGGAUCCUAAGCGCACUCUUCGAGCUUCCAUUCCGUGUUUGAAGCAAUUUGAAUUGGGAAAUUGUUGCUCCUGCCGUUUUGCAUGUUUACUUGCAUUCUUGCGAUAUAUGCGCUCCAGUUGACUCGAUCACACUGAGUGUCAGGUCAAUGCGUGUUUGGAUUGAGUUAAACUGAAGGUCGAGAGGACAGCAACUGGCGUACAAGUUUGAGUGCGGUUGCUGCCAAAACUGAUUGUUGGGGCUUGAAUUUCUAAUCAGCUCGAGCUAUAUGUCAAUUCUGGGUUGCACUAUAGACUUCUGUAGGUCAUCGAUUUUGGGCUUUAUGGAGAGCUCCAGGUGACAUUUCUCUAGUACAAUCUUGGGUAGCGGAAAUGCCUCCUUCCCCAGCAUUGAGAUUCUCUCCUGGAAGAGAGCCAAAAACAGUCAGCCACAAGCGUGGGCGCAGUCUUGAAGGUGGAUUACUCUACAGGGAGAAAGAUGAUGAUCUUGCUUUGUUCAAUGAAAUGCAGUCCAGAGAAUCAGAGAAUUUUUUGCUUCAGUCAUCAGAUACCGUUGAAGACCCAUUCUCUGUGAAGUUGAGACAUUUUUCUGAUAUUAAGCUUGGAAUCUCCGUUCCUGGUCGAGGAGAAAGCAGCGGACUGCUUAAUGCAGACGGUGACAAGAAUGACUAUGACUGGUUACUGACGCCCCCAGACACACCACUUUUUCCUUCAUUAGAUGAGGAUGAGCCACCACCAAUCAAUGUUCCGAGCCGGGGAAGGCCUCAGAGUAAACCCACUUCCAUAUCGAGAUCUUCUACGAUGGAAAGAAGUCGCAGAAGUAGCAGGGGGAGUGCAAGUCCAAAUCGCCUUAGUCCAUCUCCUCGUACUGGAAAUAGCACAUCCCAGUCACGGACUGGGCCAUCAUCAGUGUCCAAUUCCAGCCCAACUCAAAACUUGCGGCAUGCUACUCCGUCAAGAAGACCAUCUACUCCUCCAAAUAAGCCUUCAACACCUGCACCGAGGUCCUCUACUCCUACUCCUAGGAGAAUGAGCACUGGCUCCAAUGGGCCUGUAUCAGGGAUCAGGGGAACUUCCCCAGUCAAGACAAGUCGUGGAAACUCUGCUUCACCAAAGAUAAGGGCAUGGCAAACUAAUAUCCCUGGUUUCUCCUCUGAAGCUCCCCCAAAUCUUCGAACUUCUCUGGCUGACAGACCAGCAUCAUAUGUGAGGGGUUCAUCACCUGCAUCCAGGAAUGGAAAGGAUCCUACCACUAGAUACAGUAGGCAGUCAAUGUCUCCAACUGCUUCUAGAAGCAGUAGCUCAUUUCAUAGUCAUGACAGAGACCGAUUUAGCUCACGCAGCAAAGGUUCUAUUGCAUCAUCUGGUGAUGAUGAUACUGACUCUAUACAGUCCAUCCAAGUGGGUAGUUUAGACCGGCUAAGUUCAAGAAGGAGUAGCUCAGUUAUAAAUAACAGAACUCCUGCCAUUUCCAAGAAGACUGCCAAAACGGUGUCUCCAAAUUCUGCUCCAAAAAGAUCAUUUGACCCUGCCCUUCGCCAAAUGGAUCGAAAAAGUCCUCAGAACAUGUUCAGGCCACUUUUGUCAAGUGUGCCAAGUACUACCUUUUAUGUUGGAAAAGCAAAUUCUGCUCGCAAUAAUUCUCUGGUAUCCAGGAAUUCCUCAAUCACAACAAGCAGCAACGCCAGCUCUGAUCAAGGUACAAGUAUUGCACUUGAUACUGAAGGGAGUGAUCACAACCAGGAUGAUGUGGCUAGUGAAGCUGAGAAAAUACCAUAUCCUGAUAUACAUGAAGAAGUCUUUGCCUUUGAUAAGGAUGAUGUGAUGAAUGCUGAUACUGGGCAUGAGAUCGCCAAUGAAUCAGUUGAUGCACAUCUUAAUGAAAGUAAAGGCUCUAAGAUUGAUUGCGGUCCCACUAUAGCUGAAGAGUCCUUAUACCAUGGUAUUGCUGCUGCCACCAUUGAAAGUUCAGAAACUACCAAUGCCAAAACUGAUAUUAUGGAAACUGAUGGUUUUGAAAAUACAGCAAUCUGUUCUCAAUGUGGUUGUCGAUAUGAGGCCUCUGAUCAAACAGAGAAGGAUGUUAGACUUUGUCCAGAAUGCAGUGGGAAGUAUACAAUGCUGAGAGUCAUCCCCCAGGAGACAGUUUUGGCUGUCGCCGAAGACUCUUCAAUGUUUUCUACUAAUGGGUCCACUGAAGAAAAACCAGGAGCUGAAACUGACCAAUUAAUGGUUUCAUGUGAAUUGCCUCAAGAUACCAAUGUGGAUGGUGAGAGAGGUGCUGAACGAAGCCAAACGUCAUACAGUGAGGUAAUCCAGGAUCAGUCACAACAAAUUCCUCCUCCAAGCUCAGCAGCAGAGGGAAGUGGCGAGAUGCCCGCCAACCAGUUAGACAUGGACCAAUCAGGAGCUGAUGGCAGAAAUCCUUAUAGUAAUGUUGGGGACCAGCAGUUGUAUCACCACAAUGAUCGCCGAAAUUCAAAAAUGGACCUCUUGGGAGGAGCUGGCAUAUCUGUAUUGCUGAAGAGGUCAAGCAGCAGCAAAGGACCGGUAGUUCAAGGCAGGACUUUUACUGCCACGACCAUAUCUUAUGAUGAUAUAUCUCUUGCAAGAGGGAGUGUAAACAGCUUCAGAAGUUCUACUGGGCAUGGAAGUUAUUCUGCCUCAUCAUCAGUUGAUUUCAGCCCAGCCAAAAAAAUGGACUCCGGCAUGCAGCGACAGUUAAGUAGCAGGAAGUUGGAUGUAGAUGGUGGGCAUGAUAUAAGGAUCAAGCAUGAAAGAAGUGGGUCAUCUUUUUCUGGGACCUCAAGCCAUUCUCAUCGUGGAGUAGGUCUUGCAACACAAGAGACAGAAUAUGACACUACAGAGGAGAUGCCUGUAAUUUCAGAGGUGAAAGUUGCAGAAUAUUUAGUGACUGAUGUAAUUGAUGCUUCUCCUACGGGUUCAACUGUCGAGGAAAAUAAUGUCGGGUAUCAUGAUGGUGCUGCUGGUGCUUGUAAUUCAGAAUUAUUGGGCCAGGCUGUUGGUGUUCAGCCUGAUAGUAGUUCAUUAGCAUCAUUUAGAAAUCAUGGGGAUUGCUCUGAUGAAAAUGUUGAGGAUCAUUCAAAUGAUGGUAGGAUUCUCUCAAUUGUAGAAGCAGCCGUUAUGGUUCCAGUUCUAUCCAUUGAUGAGGAAUCUGAUGUGCAAUGUGCUAAUCUUGAUGGAUCAGAUGCGUUGCCUGCUACCAACAUU